CUUGCGUGGGUUGUCAAAAAAUGACGAUUGUUUAACAAUAUUGUUUAUAGUGUACUAUACAAUUAAUUCGUUUCAAAACCCUAUUAAUUUCUUAAUGAAAAAUGUUUUGUUGCCUAAAGGGGUGUCUCAACGGGUUUAACCUGACACCAACUGUUCCUAUUCGUAUCAAGGAGAAUCCCGUUCAGCUGGAUACUUUACACAUGGGACAUGAGGUGGUAGUGGUGAAAGGAGGGCAGCGAGUGUGUGGGUCGGGCUGCACGCUGGGCAAUGCGCCGCUGGUGCAGAACAAGGCAUACUUUGAGGUGAAGCUGCAGCAGAGUGGUGUGUGGGCGGUGGGCCUGGCCACAAGGGACACUGACCUCAAUAAAGUACAUGGCGGAGUGGACAAAGAGUCGUGGUGCCUGAACAGCGACGGCACGGUGCGCCACGGGAACGAGGAGCUGUACCACCUGUCGCCGGCGCCGCGGGACUCGCCCACGGCCGAGCUGCUGGUGGCCACGGACGUGCCCCCACCCGCACCCGCGCCCGAACCCCGCGACGACGCCAACCCCUUCGCCGUCAUGCCGGUCGAGGGCGACACCAUCGGACUCGCCUACGACCAUGUUGAGCUCAAUUUCUUCGUUAAUGGAAAAAACAUGGAGAUACCUGUUAGGAAUAUCAGGGGGACGAUUUAUCCCGCUCUAUAUGUUGACGAUGGCGCGAUAUUGGACAUUAUACUGGACAACUUCCUGUACCCGCCUCCGACGGGCUACGAAAAAAUCAUGGUGGAGCAAUCCCUACUCUAACAGAGGAAAGUGUGCAUGUACACUCGAGUAUGCGCGCCCGCGCCCUUUAUACGUCACUAUACGGCACGCUUACUGUACUGAAGUGUCUGUCGCUGUGCUGUGAAACGGCAUCUUUACUUAACUUACAGCUCAACAGGAAAGGUACGCGCUAUAUAAAAUUAUCGUCAUGUACUGCUACCACGUUUAUAUAAACAGUAUUAAGCAAAGCAGGCUUAGAGCCUAAAUAGUGUCUAGACAGAAUAUUUUAAUACAUUCAUAGAUUGUAAAAAGAAAAUGAAACGUAAUCGCAAUUUUACCGCAAUUGAUUUCUCCUGAAGAGUCACAACCUAUUUAAAAAAGCGCCGCUGUUUGAUACACCUACUGACGAAGACAUUAUCUUACCCGUAAACAUUGCUAAGUGACGUUGUAGACGUCACUUUUCUGAUUUUUCGUACAAACGUUUCGAGUUGCCGUAAUGGGCAACUCACGAUGGGCAGAUAAAAUAUAUUUUAAGACAAUUAUUUUUAAACGUAUACUCGUAUACACUGACGGAGCUCUUGUUGAAAAUAUAAUGCUUUUGGCAGUGAACUGCCCUGAUCGGUAUAAGGGUUCUCGUACGUGUCAGCGUGUCACAUAUUACUACGAGUAAAAUACUACUUACAAUUAUCGCAAAUAAAGCAUCAUGUUCGUUAUUUACAUUUACAUUCCUGCCAAUUCGUUCGGAAGAACCUCUGCAUUUAACCAUAAUUGAGACAGUAGACUCGAAAUUUGCUAUCUCGAGGAUUGCUAAUGUCGCAAUAAGAUUUGCAAAUAUAAACUUUCUUUGUGUUUACUUAGACUUUCUUAAAAUCCCAAAAGAAGUAAGUCAUUGGACAGCGCUACAUUUGACUUUGUUCUACUGAUAUACAAUGUAUAUGGUAGAAGAGCUGGCAGUAAAAUUUCGAACCAACUUGAUAUCGCGAUGAGAUGCACAAUGGUUUCCCAUAAAACUGAUGCUAAGUCCGAAUUUGAUAGUCUGCCACGGCGGAACUUGCCGAAAGUACAAAAAAGAUAGCCACUUCCGGUGCGAAAAAGGGGGGUCAUUUAACCCAUCUGAUACUGAAAUAAUAGUUAUGGCAUCAGUUAGAAAUUUACUGGUAUACCUACCAGUAUACCUACCGACUGAAGUUGGUUUCAUGCUGGUAUCAGAUGGGUUUAUUUAGGGGUCCCGGUGGUCACCUUUGAGAGCGUCUGCCAAGCACUUCCGGCAAGAAAAAUACUGGCAGAUUUCGCUUUUCUGGAUACAGUCGGUAGGUAUAAACCUUCACUUCAGGAAUACAAAUAUAUAAGUCUGCCAAGGCUUUUUUUGCCGAAGCACCUUGACAUACGAGAUUAUGUAAGCAACAUCCGUAGAACCCGUAUUUUGGAAUUGUACAGAUUACAGACAUUUUAAUUAUUGCAGGCUUAUUAAUUUAUUACCUAAUGCUUAUAUUUGUAUAUUUUUAUGUCAUUAAUAACAUAUAUUUCAAAUUUAUUAAUAUACACAAUAUAAUUUGGGCAAUUAUUUAUUACCUGCUUACGGCUUUGUACUUCUUUGUUUGCCUUAUUAAGGUGCUAACAUAUUAGCUACCGAUAUCUUUACAGCUGAUAGUACUCGGCUCCUGAAGUAUAUGUAAGUAUCAAACAUUAUAGGUUUUAUGAUGUUAUUUGGAGAAAAUUGAAAACAAAUGUACUACGUAAAAAUACUCUGUUAAUGAGAUAAUUAAAUGAGACCUCGUUCAUAGAGUAACUUAUACUAGAGCGGUACUGUCAUAGAAAAUUUUGUAACCCCAGUCAAUUCACUGCCAUCUGUCGACACACUUUAAAACUAAAAUUGAAGAUUUGUAAAAAUACGAUACAAUGUAUUUAAAUAUAGAUAAAUGAUUUUUUUAUUUGCAUUAAUUAUUUUGAUGAUUUUGACCCAUGUUCUUUCACUGAUAUGCGUUAAAAUUGUUAAAUAACAAACGAAACCGUCAACGCCAUCUAUACGACUGUAGGCCAAAACUAGUAGCGCCCUCUGAACGAGAAUCAAAUUUUCUUGAUUUUCGAGGCACGUUUUUUCCUUAGACUGUAGCCAUCUAUUACGGAGUUAUAUCUAUCUUUGCCUCGUUGAACAGAUUCUAAAACCUUUUUUACCUAAGAACACUUAACUGGCCACUUCACAUUGAUAAAUCAAAUGACACGUUGACAAUGACAUUUAAGACGAACAAACAGUUAAAUAUAUGAUGAUUCAUUUUUAGAUAGAACUAUAAUUUAUUUAUUUUGUUCGGUAAAUAAAAACAAAAAAUAUAUAUGAGAAAUUUUCUUAAUUUCUAUUUAAAGUUAAUUGUUUUAGUGUAAAGUACCAUCUCGUAAAAUAUCUGUAGCGAAUUUUUUAGCACCUUAUAUAUAAAUAAUAAAAUAAUUUCAAAUUACAAUAUCCUUUAUUUACCAAAAUGAACAAAAUUGUUAUUAUUACAUUCUUAUUGUAAGCGAGUGUGAAAAGACAGGAUUUUCAACGUCAAGGAUGAUUUUUACCAAUAAUCCAAAUGUAAACAUAUUCACAUAAUUUUUGAGUCCCUUGUUAGUUUUUAAUUGUGCACUUGUGAAAUUAAUUUUUAACCGCAAAUUCAGGGAAAAUCAAAGAAAACUACAAAUUUUCUCGAUAUUUUUAAAACGGGGUCGACAUACAUAAGAAAGGGGGAAAUAGAAUUAUUCAGUUUUAGUUGUCAUAGACAUCGAAUUUGGUUAUUAUGAUGUUGAUAGAACCCAGUACCAUCGGCUCUGCAGGCAGUAGGCCAGACCCGUCGUCAAUAGAUUAGUUAUCUCAAUUUGCAGUGUUAUAAAACAACAUCCUGAAUGUUAAACUACGUAAUUUUUGCGUCAACGUCAUGAAAUGUCCCGUAGGGGAAAAGGGGGCAUGACGGAGUAAUUAAUGUUUCAAGUCCAAUAAAACUAAAAAUGCUAUUCUUUUUAAGUUUUUGUUAUUUUUAUUUUUAUCUUUGGUUAUCAGUCUUUCAUAAUCAACACUUACUAGAAACUCUAGUUGGAUAAUUCAAUUUAAAAAAAAUAUGGCCAAAAGUUCCUUCUCUUCAUCUUGCCCCCUAGGUAGGGUAUGAUGAGGUACCCCUACGAGACAAGAUGUAGUGAUUAGAAUGAUUCAUAGAAAUAGUAUCUAUAGGGUCUAAACAAAACUUCACUUUUUGUCUAUUGGAACUGUCGUCUGAUAACUUCUUACGAAUUGUUUUUAUUUUCAUUUCUUAAGCCGUCUGAGGGACAGAAUUUUUUUUUGCAGUUAAAGUAGUACUCCAUCUUCCCUUCUAUAACAGCAUCCACCGCUUUUUUCAUGGCCUCCUCUAACCACUCUCCUCUAUUUGACUUUCAAGAGAAGAAAUAAACACAUUUAAAUACGCAAUUCUUGAUCACUUUAAAACUACGGCUGGCAAGAUGAACCCAAUCUUACCCCCAUGUGCCUAAUGAAAUUCGAAACCAAACAAGUCCUUAGCUGUUGGCGUGAUUGCUGGGCCAUAGGAAUAACUUAACACUAUAUUUGUGCUGGUUAUAUUAAGGCAACAAACACAAACCAAAUAGAACACGAAAGUAACAAGGAAUAUGUCAAAAACAGUUUUUUGAAAAUAAAUAAUUAACGACACCAUUUGUCUAGCCGAUAACUGUGCGAACUGAUUGCCAUGAUGGCGACGCAUCGUCAUGCACUAACGGGAUUCUGGUUGGUCAGUCGUGUCGCCAAAUAAAGCCGCUACCCCGUCUUACUCGCCACACCGUCUUACUUGCCACCCCGUCUUGCCCCUCUCUCCCCUACAUGAGAUAGUGAUUAGAUAUACUAAAGAGGUGAAAAAAUACGGCUCAAGCGUGAAUGAAACCACCAAAAAUCAUUUUAUGUCGCAUUACAGGCCUGAUUUAGCUAUGAAUACUAAUACCCCCUUAUUCAUAAAACUUUACGAGCCUGAAUUAAUUAAAUUAUGUUUUAUCCUUUUCUUACAAAUACAUAAGUCAAAAUGACAGACAAAGACAAAUGAUUCAUAUAGCUAAUUCAGUAUGAAGUAUUGCGAAGAGCAUGCCAAAAGAGUAUCAAUCACAUUAAUCAUAUUAUUUUAUUUAUUUUUACUUAAUUUAUUAUAAAUAUAUGUUAUUAAUAACAUAAUAAUAUACAAAUAUAAGCAUCAUCAUCAUUGGCCACAGCAUCUUUACAGAUGAUAGUUGCAGCGACUAGAGGUAUUUGAGGAGAUGUCUACAGUCUACAUCGACUGCGGUGACUUUAUAGACCAAUGGCCGAUCGGCACUUCUUGCCGCACCGAUCACAGAUGUGUCUUGACUCCUGGGGUGGUCCAGCAGCUCUGCGAAUUCGUUUCUGGUUAAGGUGAUCCAACCAGAGCUCGUCGUGCUGUGCCAUGCCUUCCCGCAGGUUACGACGCCACUCGGGUCUCAUCUCCGCGCGUUCCUCCCAACGGUUAGUUGGAAUGCUGAAGCCAUUCAUGUCGCGCUUACAUAAGCGGAGAACGGGGCGACCAACCGGUCUCUUAGCUUCGGCAAUCUGUCCGAGCAUGACUUCACGUGGCAAUCUGUCAGGGUCCAUUCUAUGAACGUGUCCCAGCCAGCGGAGUCUUCCCUGUUUCAGCAUAGCCGUUAUGCUGUUGCAAUUGGUUUUAGAAAGAACAGCUUCGUUUGUUACUCGAUCCCUCCAAGUUACUCCUAAUAUGGUUCGGAGACAACGCAUGUGAAAUGCGUUUAGGCGACGCUCUUGCUUGGAGUAGGUGGUCCACGUUUCUGAAGCGUACAGCAGGAUGCUAAGGACACAGGCUUGAUAAACGUGAACCUUAGUGGACAUGGUGAGUCGGUUGUUAGUCCAAACUCGUUUAGAGAGUUUGCCGAAAGUUGUUGCAGCCCUUCCAAUGCGAGUAUCUAUCUCCUUGUUGUUGCAGAGAUUUUAUAUAUACAAAUAUAAGCAUAGAGUAAUAGAUUAAUAAGCCUGCAGUAUUUAAAAUGUCCGUGAUAUGUACAAUUAAGAGAGGUAUGGGCACUGUGAAUGACAUCUCGCUUUGUGUGGUAGGGCACAGGACAGCGGAUGUCAUUUCAAAUCUAGAACAGAGCCCAACUGGGGAAGUACCUCCACCUUACAGAAAACCGCAGUCAAAUAACACUAGACCCUACUCAUAGUGUUGUGUUCCUGCCGGUAAGUAAGGUUGCCAGAGCUCAACGAGGGAGAGGAGAGUGUUAGGGUCGGCAACGCGCAUGUAACUCCUCUGGAGUUGCAGGCGUACAUAGGCUAUGGAGACUGCUUAACAUCAGGCGGGCCGUAUGCUUGUUUGCCACCGACGUAGUAUAAAAAAAAGCC